AUGGCAGAUGCAUUAUCUCGAUUUUAUUUAGAUUGUAAAGAUAUUGAUAAAUCAAAAAAUAUGAAAAUAUUUAAAAUUAUAGCAAAAAUAAAUCCUUUGGAAAACUUACCCAUAUCAGACAGCUGUGUUCAAGAAAUUGAGAAUGCAACAUUGAACGAUCAUAACAUGACAGUCCUAAAGAAGUAUUUAUUACAGGGAUGGCCAAAAUAUUUGAAAGAUAUUCCCGAUGCUAUUAAAUCAUUCUACAACUUAAAAAGUGAGUUAACUCUUUACCACGGUCUUAUAUUAAAAAACCAGGCUAUAGUGAUACCUGAAAGUUUAAGAGAAAAAAUGUUAAAUAAACUGCAUAAGGCACAUUCAGGAAUCGAAAAUACCCUAAAGCUAGCCCGAGAAGCAAUUUUUUGGCCAUCUAUGUCCAAUGACAUUAAGGACCUAAUUAAAGGUUGCACAUCAUGUAUAAAACAUCAACCAAGUCAACAAAAAUUUACUAUGCAAAGUCACAAAAUACCUGAAUAUCCAUUCCAAAUAAUAUCUAUGGAUGUUUUCUUCUUCAAUGAAAAUGGAAAACAGUCAAAAUAUUUAAUAACGGUUGAUCACUACUCGGAUUUUUUUGAAAUUGAUAAGCUUAAAGAUUUAUCAUCUAAACCAGUAAUAGAAGCCUGUAAAAGAAAUUUUUCACGUCACGGUGUGCCAGAAAUAGUAAUUACGGACGGUGGAACUAAUUUCAUCAAUCAAGAAUUUUCAGCUUUUAGUAAAAAAUGGAAUUUUAUACAAGUAACAUCUUCUCCCCAUCACCCUCAAGGAAAUGGUAAAGCUGAAGCAACAGUGAAAAUAGCAAAAAAACUGCUAUUGAAAGCUACAGAAAGCGGAGAAGAUUUCUGGUCAAGUCUACAUUGCUUAAGAAAUACUCCUAACAAAAUAAACUCUAGUCCUGUACAAAGAUUAUUUUCACGUAGAACAAGAGGUUUUUUACCAGUUAUUAAAGAUUUGCUAAAACCAAAUGUAAUCAAAAAUGUAGCAGAAACUAUUAAGAGUAACAAGGAAAUGAUCAAAUACUCUCAUGAUAAAAAAGCAAAAAAAGCAACUACAUUAGAAAUAGGACAACCCGUAGUAGUUCAGAUUCAACCAUCUUCAAAUAAAUCUUGGACUCCAGGAAUAAUUGCAGAUAUUAUUUCAGAUCGAUCAUAUCUUGUUGAUAUAAAUGGGACAACUUACAGAAGAGACUUAAUACACAUACGUCCAUUUUUACCAAAUUCAUUAGAUAAACCCCAUAAGCAAGAUAUCACUGAUAUGACUACAAAUAUUCAAGAAAAUAUCAUUUUAGAAGACGUGCAAAACAUUGGCGAAAAUAUCGUUUCUUCAGAAGCUAUGGUGCUUUCAUCACCAGUUGCUGAUCCUUCAAUAGAUUACUUUAGUUCUCAAGAUGAAUUGUUGUCUCCUCAACCAACGACCAAUUCUCCUAUAAAGAAAACAACUACCCCUGCAGACAACAAACCAAGCAGACCUAAAAGAGAAACAAGAAAACCAACAUAUCUAAAUGAAUAUGUUUGCUAG